UAAACAAGUGUAGCAAAUAAAUUCAUUUCUGUUUAUAAACCAACUAUAAUCGUCUCAGAAAGAAAUGGGUUCUGAGAACAGGCGUGUAAUUUAUAAAGCUAACGACAAGAAAAAAAUUGAUCAUGACGAAUUAAUAACAAAGUGUUUUCAAAUCGGCUCAGAUGUGGAAAUGAAAGAAAUUCCACUAACAGGUGAAGAAUAUCUUCUAAAAGUUAUGACUGAACGUGCUAACGUUGCUGCAGUUACUGUGUGUGAUAAAGACAUUACUCAGUUCGCUAAAAACCAAUCACUAUUUUUCAAAGAGCCUCCUGGGGCGAAAAUCGCACCCGACAAACUCAAAACUACCAUUGAAUGGCAAAAAAUUCAAAUGUCAGACUUCGCAGAAGUCCGGUCAUCUAUGUCUAAGAUAAAGGCUAACCUUUUAGAGAAAGGAAUUGGGAAAAAAAGAGUGAGACCAAUAGUAAUUGAUGACGAAUCACUUGAAAGUUGGAAAGUGUUUUUUGAAGACCAUGAUUCCACUGUUACAUGUAUGCUGGGCUUUAGCCCCGAACAGUUGCACUCAGGUUUAGAAAUGCUGACAGAAAUAUUGAAGGAGGUUCCACCUGGAGACACUAUUGAUCAUAAAAUAGGUCAAUGGAUCUACGCUUUCUUGGCAUGUUUAAGACACCCUGCACUUUCUGAAACUGUUAGUCUCUUGAGAGAUCUUGCCAGAACUUGUGCUGAAAUAAGGUCGAGUAUAGAUCAAGAAGAAGAAGAUGCGUAUAUGAAGGCAGCACCCAUGAACCUCUUUAUUUGCAUAGUUGCCAGGUACUUUGAGCAAUAUGAUUUAGCAGAUUAAUUUUAUUUUAAUAUGAACCUGGAAUAUGUUGCCCCAGACACGCUGACCAAUCGGUGGUACCUACUUCAUGCAUGUUGGAAACCUUAGUAGCGAAAAAGCACAACAAGAGAUAGUCGUCUCAGCAGUCUGUUUCCUUGUCGACGAACAUAGGGCUGGUCCAGGCAGACUGCAACUUGUAUGGGACGCCGACGUUGCAGUUCCCAUACAACUUGCAGUCGGGCUGCAGUUCAUCUGUAUCGGCCCUUACGAGACAAAGGCGAUCGUAACUUCAAGAUGGGUGGGUGAAGCAACGACUCGGACGUCUAACAUUGAAUUUGUCUGUUGAUUGGAAUACAGCGUCGAUAAUUUUUUACGUAAGUUAUGUUUCACAAUUAUGACGUGUUUGUUGCUAGUAUACUUUACUUAUUAUUAAUAAAAGGAAUUAAAAAUU